AUGACAAACUAUAUGUUUUUCUUUAUAAAUUGCAAUACAAUUAUUGGUAUUGGUGCUAUUUUAAGUUUGUUACAAUUGAUAGGUAUUAUUUUAGGUUUGUUACAAUUGAUAGGUUUUAUUUUAGGUUUGUUACAAUUGAUAGGUAUUAUUUCAGGUUUGUUACAAUUGAUAGGUGUUAUUUCAGGUUUGUUACAAUUGAUAGGUUUUAUUUUAGGUUUGUUACAAUUGAUAGGUGUUAUUUCAGAAAUAAUAAUUACUGCUGGUGGCGAGAAUAUAGCUCCAGUACCAGUAGAAGACACUGUAAAAGAAUGUUUACCAUGUAUUAGUAAUUGUAUGUUAAUUGGUGAUAAAUGUAAAUUUUUAUCCAUGUUCCUUACUGUCAAGUGCCAGAUAGAUCCAGAAACUCAAGAAUCUUUAGAACCUUUAGAUAAACAGGCUAUAGAAUGGUGUGAGAGUAUAGGUCCAACAUUAAAACUAAGAAGACCAAUAGUAGUGAAGAUGUAUUCCAAAGAAAUAGAAGAGUUUUACGCAGAGGAGAGUGUCCGCUUCAUAAAAGUAGGACUUGAAGGAAUUGUAGACAUGCCUUAAAAAUGAUAUAUUGGGUUCUAUUUCUCUUCUCUUUGAUCAAUUUCUGUUGUAGAACUUUUGUUUAUGUACAUUGGACAUUAUUUUUCCAUAUUAGUGACCCAAGAAUUUAUCUGUAUAUCAAUUAUGUAUUUGGUUUGUUUGUUUUUGUAUAUUUUGGUUCAUUUGUUUUGUUUACAAAUAUAUUUUUAUACAUAUUUAUGGUAUGUUACAUUGUUUUGUUUAGACAUAUAUGUUUAUUUUCUUGACGUCUUCCAUAUUAUAGGGAGGUUCAAACAGCGAAGAUUGGUCUAAGUUGACAGAAUAUGAUAAAAUACUAUUUUUCAGUAGAUAAAUUUCAUUAUUUUCAAUCUAUAUUUUUAAUAUAAUAAAUGUUAGUUUAAUCUUGCCAGUGCUAUUGUGCUAUUAUUGUAUUUAGGAUAUGUUUUAUAUUGAGGGUUAUAUCGUUAAUCAAAUGAACAAGGAUAUUCUACAAUUUUAUUAAUGCAGAACUAAGACUGGAUGGAAUACAAGACGCAUACGAUGUAUUUUAAGUAUUAGCUGGAUUGGCUCAAUGUUUCCUUUCAUUAUAUAAAAAUCCCAUACUUUUUGCUUAUAUUGUAACUUACAUUGGGAGUUCAAGAGCUUUUAUUGCUUAUCUAAAAGCUUUCAUUUGCAACAUUUAGAUUUUCAUUUCAAUGUCUAUGGUUCUUGUAAUCAAAGAUAGACGUUCAAAAUUUGAACUGAUAUCCUGGCAUAAUUUGGUCUAUAUUACUGUAAUUACAGAAACCAUACAGGCCAGGUUCUAAUAUUAGCUGUAUUUUGCCAAACAAAGUUUAGGAAACCUCUUUAGUCCCUGUAUGGAUGGAGUUGUCAUGUGAUAUUUAUGUCAGUUUUGCACUAAGACUUGCCUUGUUUUGAUUAGAAUUGGCAUUUGUUUAUGGUGUUAAGAUGGUUAAAUUUUUGUUAUGAGUUUAUUAAUUGGUAAAGGAAUUAUUGUGUUAUCAAAAAUUAAUUAUAAAACAAAAAGUUUCAAAUUUGUAUCAUAUCAUUAAUGUUUAAAAGAGAAUUGUGUAUUUUGUAGAUCUGAUGUUUAUAGUUAUUUCAUAAAAAAAAAAUUGAAUCAAAUAGACAUUUCUUUUUAAUUU